GUUGAUUUGUCAACUCAAAACGCAAACCCUAAAACGAGCCCAAUCAUCGAUUUGAAGCAAAAAUCAAACCUUUUUGGAAAAUUUUUCACGGUUUGAUUCUGGGAACCUUCCCAAUUUGUGCUAUUUCCUCCGCGUCAUUUCCCCUUUUUGGUCACUUUGGAAAACCCAGAAAUUUGCGUUUCGGUUGAUGAAGGAUCUGAAGCUGUGAUUAAGGAAAUUAGGGGUGAUGGGUUUUGCUGUCUCCGACGAAUUGCUGGGUACUGUUGCUCCGAUUCUGGUUUAUUGGCUGUAUUCUGGGAUUUACGUGGCGCUCUCGUCUCUCGAAAGUUAUAGAUUGCAUUCUAAGGUCGAGGAAGAAGAGAAGAAUCUCGUCUCGAAAUCUUCCGUUGUUAAAGGGGUUCUUCUUCAACAGCUCGUUCAAGCUGUUGUUGCAAUCGUCUUGUUCACGGUGACAGGAAGCGAUGCUGAGGCAGACAAAGCGCGAGAGUUCUCCCUUUUGGUCCUAGCAAGACAGUUUGUGACGGCCAUGAUUAUCCUCGACACAUGGCAAUACUUCAUGCAUCGAUAUAUGCAUUACAACAAGUUCUUAUACAAACAUAUCCACUCUCAACACCACCGUCUUAUAGUCCCUUAUGCAUAUGGAGCUUUAUACAACCAUCCAGUGGAAGGGCUUAUCUUGGAUACAGUUGGAGGGGCCUUAUCUUUCCUAAUCUCUGGUAUGUCGCCAAGAACUUCAAUCUUUUUCUUCUCCUUCGCCACAAUCAAAACCGUGGACGACCAUUGCGGUCUCUGGCUUCCCGGAAAUCUGUUCCAUAUGGUCUUCAAGAACAACUCGGCUUACCACGAUGUGCAUCAUCAGCUAUAUGGAAGCAAAUACAAUUUCUCUCAGCCUUUCUUUGUUAUGUGGGAUCGGAUUCUUGGAACUUACAUGCCUUAUUCGCUUGAGAAAAGAGAAGGUGGUGGAUUGGAAGCACGCCCGACUAAAGAAUUUAAAGACGAUUGAUUUUGUUGGAUUUUGGGAUUUUUGGUAGUGUGUUCUUUACCUGCCUGAGGAUGGAUAAUGGAUACUUUGUGUGGUGGAGAUGUAGUUUGAAAUCAGAAACAGAACUGGUUUGCAUUGUGCCUUUUUUGUUUCUCACGAGGGAUUUAGCUGGAGUUUGAGAUUUGUAUAUAAAACAGUAUUGAGUUGUUGUUCUACUUUGGAUUUUUUGUCUUGCAUGUAGUAUUGUACAACAUACUUUUAUUUAUUUAUUAAUCUACGAGUUCAUUCUUGAAA